AUGACUUUAAAAAAACUUCAUUUAGGUACUGUGUGUUUCUCAACAAGUAGUAUUGAAGAUUUUAAGUUUUUAUUAAAAAGUUAUUUGUCUCAUUCAAAGGGGGAGUUUAAUAACUUGGUUAAAAGUGGGAAUACUAAGAUUAUUAUUGGAAUGAAUAUGAUGUUUGAGUUACUAGAGGCUUUAAGUAUAUGUCACUUGGUUACACCGGUACUUGAUGGGGAUAAUAUUACAUUUCAAGCCUCCUCUGCUGAAGAAGUAGCAAUGGUGCAAUUUUUAGAAAAAAUAGGCAUACAAUUAUACUCUAAAAUAGAUAAUAUUGUUUCUAUAAAAUACACCAUAGAUGAUGUAUCUGUAAUAGUUAAGUAUAAGAUACAUGUUGUUUUUUCAUUCUCAUCAGAGUUAAAGAGAAUGGGUAUUGUUGCUCAAAGAAUAGACUUUUUUGAGUUUACUAAAUUAAACAUAUCAGGAAAGUUUAAUGAAUAUGUAUUUUUUAUUAAAGGAGCUGAUUCAGUCAUUAUACCUUUAUGUAAGAAAAGUCCAUGGGCACUUGAAGAGAGUGAUAAUAUGGCAAGAGAGGGAUUGAGAACAUUGUUAUUUGCAAAGAAAGAGUUACAAACAGAAGAAUUUGAAGAAUUUUACAAAAGGUAUAGUGAUGCUAAAAUUUCAAUAUACAAUAGAGGAGAAAAAUUACUAAAAGUUCAGAAUGGCAUAGAAGUAAAUUGUGAUUUAUUAGGAUUGUCAGGUAUCGAAGAUAAGUUACAGGAAGGUGUUCGUGAAACAAUAGAAAAAUUAAGAGGUGCUGAAAUAAAAGUAUGGAUGUUAACAGGAGAUAAAAUUCACACUGCAAUUUCAAUAGCCAAAAGUAGUAAAUUAAUAUCAAGAAUUGAUAAAUACAAAGUGAUUGAAAAUUGUGUUAAUAAGGAAGAAAUAUUAAAAGUUUUAAAUGAAAUAGAAAAAAAGAGUUUUAAUUCUCUUGUAAUUGAUGGAACAUCAAUAGGAACAAUUCUUAAACACUCAGAGAGAAUUUUUAAUAGUAAAAAUAGAAUAACCAUUCUUGAUAAGUUUAUUUCAAUAACAACUAAGUUGUCUACAGUUAUUGGAUGUCGAUUUACUCCCACUCAAAAGGCAAUGAUAGCUAGAGUUAUGAAAAAGGGAGAUAAGGGAGCAGUCUGUUGUAUAGGUGAUGGUGGUAAUGAUGUAUCUAUGAUUACAGAAGCAAAUGUUGGUAUUGGAAUUGAGGGUAAAGAAGGAAAUCAAGCUGCACUGGCUGCUGAUUUUUCACUUAAAUCUUUUAAAGGUGUAAUUGACUUGCUAUUUGUACACGGUAGAAGGUGUUAUCAUAACAGUUCAUUAAUAGCCCAUUUAGCAGUACAAAGGGGAACCAAGAUUACUGUAAUGCAAGCAAUAUUCUCUGCUUUAAUAUCUUCUUAUCCAAUAAGUGUUUUACAGAAGAACAUGUCAAUCUAUUUUAUAACUUUCACUUCUAUACCUUUAUUUGCCUUAUUUGGAUGUUAUGAUGUUAUUCCUAGAAUAUCAAAAAAUUAUCCAGAAUUGUACCAUGAAAUGAAGAUUAAUAGGUUGUGUUCAUUGAAAGAGUUUGUUUUUAACAAUUUAAUAGCAUAUAUAACUGGUGUGAUUAUAUCUCUUUAUUUUGCUGUUUCAAAAGUAAAUGAAAGAUCUUUAUUUUCGGUUUGUAUAUUUCUAUCGUCUAUGAUUAAUGAAUAUUUCAUGAUCUUGAUAGUUCAAGUCAAUAGGUUUGGUAUUACUUUCAUAUUCAUUAUUGUAAGUUUGUUUUUGUUUUUUGCACUAAAUUCGAAGUUUCCAGAAUUUGAAGUUAGAUUAAUGUUAGAUAAGGAUUUUAUUGGAAAACUUUUAUUAAUUAACAUAUUGGCUAUGUUACCUAAAUUAAUUAUAAAAACUGCUCAAGUAUAUCUUAAACCAAGCUCUCAUAUAAAACUUUCAAGGAAAGAAAACGCUAAUUUAAUUAACUCAACUAAUAAAUUUUAG